CUUGAAAAACUCCCCAACAACCAACAAUUGCUGUCAUUACUUUGCCCUUUUUAAUCAGAGGAUAAGUGACUACGAAACCUCUGGUCAUUUCAAUGCAAAUUUUACUAAACAGUGAUGAAAAGUAGAUGAAAAAAGAAAAAUGGUGGUGCAGCCAAUCAAAAAGCGUUUGUCCUGCUGUGAUUUUACUAGGUUGAAAAAUCCUAAAGCUGGAAAAGGACAGGCCUAUAUUCCAACAGAUUAUGAACACAUUGCUAACAUUGUUACACAUGGGCUGAUGAUUGUGCCCAGUAUUAUUGGCACUUGGUGGAUGGUAGGUUUAGCCAAGACAAAGCUACAGACAUUUAUAGCAUGGAUUUUUGGAUUUGCCUUGAUAUCAUUAUUUACUACAUCUAGUCUGUUUCAUCUUUUUGCAUUUAUGGGACAGUUCAAAACACUUAAAUAUAUAUUUCACAUAGGAGAUAGAGCAGUUAUUUAUUUGUUUAUUGCCUCAUCAUAUACUCCAUGGUUAACAUUAAGAGAAUUUAACGGUAUUGGAGAUGAAGUGUUAAGUAUUGUGUGGACAAUGGCGGUAGUUGGAAUACUCUAUCAAUAUAUAUUUCAUGAAAAGUAUAAGAUACUUGAAUUAUUGCUGUAUUUAAUAAUUGGUGUCUGUCCUGCUAUUGUUGUCUGUUUACAAAGACAAGCAGCUGGAAUGUUUGAAUUAGCCUUAGGUGGAGCUACUUAUAUAUUAGGUGUUGUUUUCUUCAAAAUGGAUGGCCGGAUGCCAUUUGCACAUGCCAUUUGGCAUUGUUUUGUUGCUGGUGGUGCCCUCUGGCAUUACUAUGCUAUCUGUACUCACCUGUUAGGCCAUGACCAUGAUGAACUUGCUAUGCAUUUAUGAUGAAGGUUUCUUUUAGAUACAGAUUUAUUUAAUGUUAUGUUGGUUUGUACAUUGUAUCUCUCAAUCAUAAGGGUGAUUUUUUGUUUUAGUAUCUUUUCAACAUUGUUGCAAUGCUAUUUUUUUCCCAACAUUUACGUGUUUGUAUAUUGUCUUUAGCACUUUGUAUUGUUAUAGUAAUCUAAACUGUUAUGAAAGUCUGAUAUUGACCUAACAGAAGAAUUUUUUUUGAAUGUCAGUAAAAAGGUCUUUCAAGUACAAUCAUGAGUGGAGAAUGCUUUCCUGAUUAGUUUAUUUGGGGCUUCAGUAGGGUGAUCCCCUUAGGUCACAAGGUCAUGUCUAAAAAUUGUUACAUGUCACCAGGUCACUUUUAAGCAUAUAAAACCAUAAAAUAUAAGGGUUUUGAACAUUUCAAAGGUCACAGGUCCUUUUAAAUGAGACACCAGGUAGCAAGGUUGGUAACAAACCACCCCAAGAUCAUAGGUUGGAUUUGACCUUGUUUGAGCCACCUUUAUGUUCUGUCAUACAGGUUAGCAUAAAUCCACUCAUGAUCCUGUUAACGUUUUUUAACAAUUAUAUUACAUGGCAAGUACAGCAAGACUAUGUCACAGAUGAAGCAUGAAUUUGCCAUAAUGAUUUUAUUGAUCUAUUAGUUUAUUUGUUAAUUGUUUGUGAGGUUUUUUUUUCAUGACUAGAAUAUUUUUAGAUAGGAAAAGGAUUGUUGAAGCAGGUCUUUGUACUUUUUCCUUUAUUGUGAUAUUUUUGUUGCCAGUAUUAGUUUAUUUGCUUACCUGGUCCAAAGGAUCAUUAGAGCAAGUGAUUAGUUUUUGUUACAUUACAUGUCAUUGAAUAUAACUGUAAAGUUGUAUACUUAUACUCUUUCACACUAUGAUGUUUAAUCCGGGUCGACCCCAAUUACUUUAUUCCUGUUAAAUAUAAGUAGUGGUAACCUUGGGCAAAAUUGGAUUAAAAAUGGGGCGAACAUGGAUUAAUUGCCUUGCCUAAAUGGAGUUAAUGUGAGGUGAAACACCAGAAUCAGUUACAAGCCCCCAAAAAUGCAGUCUUAUGAGAAUGAGGAGGACAAGAGCAAGAAACUAGCUAUCUCUAUAUUGGGAGAUAGCAAGAUACAGGAUGCUAUGUAUUCACAAUUAUGGAAAGGAUAUGAAUGAUGACUAGGAUGAUUCAGGUUUUGUCUUAACUACUAAGGAGUCCACAAAAGAAUUUCAGACUAUGAACUAAUGCAACUGUUGUUCAAAGAAUAUAACAACUUCAGUGGACAGAUGUGUGUAACAAUUUAGCACAUGUAUACAUAUAUUUUGUUGAGAGGGGGAAAAUUCCACAUAGCAGUAAUUUACAAGUGUGAACCCUUGCAAUUAAUUCGGGUAAACUAUUUUGUAUUUGACCCGGAGCAUGUUUCAUAGUGUGAACAGGGUAUUUGCCUUCCUUCCUAAACAUUCUAAGAAAUUGUUGAUUUUAUUUUUAAAAUCACAUUAUGAAAGUCAUCUGUCAGUGAUAGUUAUUAUUAUUUAAAGCUUGAUCUCCAUACAGUUAUUUAGAAUUUGAUCUCCAAUUUUUCAUACAAUUAGUUAAAGUUUGAUCUCCAUACAGUCUACAUUAAUACUAGGUAAGCAAAUACAGAUUCAAAUGAGCCUCUGAUAUCAAAUGUCCAGAGAAAAUGACCACAUUUUAUAUGUUUUACUGUGAUAAUUUUUUUGAGCGUUCUCUCUGUUUAUUUUGAUAAAUAUAUUAUCUGUACCAUGACUGUGGGAUGAUUUUAGUGCAAGUUUAAAUUAUUGACAGUUGCAGAUGACAAAGCAAAAGAGAUUUUGCAUGGACCAAUUGAAUUACAAGUAUUUGAAAUUAACAAAAAAGUAUUUGAAGAUAUGACAUCACUUUUGGACUGCUUAUUUUGCAUUCUUUUUGAAAACAAAUUCUCCCAUGACAGGGCAACUGUCCAAAAACAAUCUGAAUUAAUACACGUUUAGCAUGUAACAAAUAACCUUCAAGACUGGUGUAGUUUACCAUACUUAGAAUCAUUGGCUUUGCUAUUCUAGGGUACUGUUAGUUGAUUAUAAUGAUCAUUAAACAAUGAUCAUAAAACAUUUUAGAUCUACUGAUUUGUUGGACUUCUGUCUUUUCUUUUAUGAUAAUGUAAUGCUAACAUUUAUUUGGUUAUAAAAAUCCAUCAUAGUCAAAAUAUAUUUUUUAAUUUUCUUUGAUAAAUAUUCCAACAUCUGGUGUCAUUAGAUGUAGCAAGAGAGUUUGUGCCAUGAGAAUGCCAUAAUAUCGAUAGUUAUGCCAUUAAAAGUUUUUGACCAAAGGCAAAAGAUGAAAAUUCCGAUUUUUUUUUGGAAUUUCCUUAAAAUACAUUUUAUUGAUAUUGAUAAUGAUGGGAAUUAUAAUUUACCCAUACAAAUCUUGUUUAAUUUUUUUUAGUUACAUCAUUUAUAUGACCAUCAAAGUUGUAUGUAAUUUUUGCAAUAGUUUUUGUCAGUCAGACAUAUAUACUAUAUAUUUCUAAACUUUAAUAACAUGACAUAGUUUUACCUUUUGUAAACAAAUUAUUAGAGAUGAAUUGAAACCUUUUCCCCAAAAAACAUGUUCUGUGAAUCAUAUCUGGAUUGAUUUUAAUAACAUUUGUAUUAUUUUGCUAUCUGAAGAUUGAAAACUGCAAUGAUUUAUAAAAGUUUUUGUCAUGAUAAAGGCAUAAUAAUAAGGUAAGUCCUGUGCAAUUAAAAACCUGAAAAGUUUAAAGUGUUCAAGUUAUAAAGCCAAUUUUUUUUCACUGAUUGUAUUUUGUUUUAGAAUUAUAAUUUAUAAAAGUUGGCCAUGGUGUUUAUUCUCUGCUGUUCUUAAUCAUAUACAUUUUACAGUUCAUAUUGUUUUUUUCCUCUUUUUUUUGAACAUUAUAUUUAUGACAAUCAAAUGACAGUUUUCCUGUGUGUUCGUCUUUUGUUUUUGUAACUUCAAAGUACAUUUUUGUAAUUAUGCAUCGAACAAAUAAUCUUCAAAAAUGAUUUUUAGUUUCUGAUUAGAAGAGUAGCCAUGACAAAAUGAACAAAAUGUAUGUGAAAAAAGAAAAAAAACUACUGAAAAUUAUUCUAUAUGAGUUUCGUUGUAAACCUCUGUGUUAUUUUUAAUUUUCAAUUCCUUUUUUUAUGAUACUGAGUCUUUCUUAAAGUCCAUAAAGUUCUUUAUAUUUUGUUCAUUUGAUGAAGAAUCCAUCAAUAAAAUAAUCAAUAUGCUGACAGCUAUAUCUGUUUGUGGAUUCCCUCAUUUUUGUUACUGAAAAUCAAGCAUUUUUGAAAUUUUAUUAAGAAAAGAGACUGGCACAAGGAUUUCGUUCUGAAAUCUGUAAAUAUUCAGAUAUUCAUUCAAAAUUUAAAGAUAAAAGAAAUGAUUUUAAUUGCUGAAUUUUACAUAGUAAAAAAAAAUCAUGAAGCAAACUUUAUAUUUUAGAUAGAUUCCAGUUAUACUGCAUUCUGCAACUGGUUCCACAUUCAUCUCUUACAACUCUGUACAAAUCUUAAGCUAGUAAAUUUGAGAUUGAGGGAGAAGAAAGGUUCUAAAUCUUAAUCCAACUCUUCAUUCUUUCUCCUCCAUUAUAUAAAAUAUGGUUCAAUCAAACAUUAUCUAUUUCUAUCAUUAAAACAAUUUUUCGUCAUUGCAAAUAACACCUAUUGAUGAAUUUCUGCUAAAUGGCUCAAGUUUUUUUAGGAGGUUAUGUAUACGUAUUUCUCUGAAUAUUGAAAUACUCAUAUUAAGUUAACAGACAAUAUUGUAGUCAUGUUUUUUUUUUAGAUUGAAAGCAAUUGAAAAAUUAAUAAAGUUAGCAUAUAGUUUUUUUUAGGUUUCUUAAUAGUGCUUUUUUACUCAUCAUAGAUUUUUGUUGUGAUUGUAUAGUAUAUACAAUGUUACUUAAGGUGUUGUUUUUUUAGGACCAUGUAGAUUAUUUAUUCCAAUGCAACAUAGAUCAAGAUAACUGUUGUAAACUAGUAAUUUUGAUGCAUGUCAAAAGGAGAAUAUACAAUUAUCUUAAAGGGGUUAAGGGAGAAAACUCUUUAAUUAGUAACUAGUGAUGUGUUUUGUCAUAGGUCAUAUUCACCAUGUUUUUUAAUCAUUCAUGUGAAACAGAAUUAUUAAUCAAUCAGCGUUACUUAGAAGCUUAGAACAUGUUUUUUUUUGGAAAAUCUAGGUCUACCUCCUUAUUUCAGUUGUCAUUAAAUAGUAUCUUAUUUGCUGAUUAUAAAAAAAAAUAUACAAAAACUAAUAUUUGACAGACACUUAGUUUGUCCUUACAGAAUACCUCUGUCACAAAAGACCACAGAUAUGUUCCAUUUAUUGCAGUCACAAUCCAAUCCUCUUCUCUUUGUUCAUGACUAAUCACUAGAUUUUUUAUUGUCAUGAGGUAAUAUUUGAGGGCACUAGUGGCUCAGGAAAUGCUGACCAUUUUGAGAACUCAGUUCCCCCUGGCAUUUGUAUGGUUUGUGGUGGUUAAUUUUAAAUUUUCUGUAUAUUGUUUUAUUGUUUUUGUAUUUUAUAGUGACCAUGGUGUAUUUACAAAAAAAUGUAUACCAAAUAUUUAGAAUAAUUUCAUUGAUAUAGAUAUAAUGUAAGUGUACCUAGAAUGCAUAUGUUAACCAAACUACUUAUAGAAGAAAUUGUCACAUGGAUGAGAUUGUGUACACAUAUUCAUUGCUGGUAAUUUCCUGAAAAUGAUCCAGUUUACAGAAUAGGAUAUCUCAUUACCAGAAUGUGUAAAUUUUUGGACUGGCUUUUUUUGAACAUUGACCUCAUAACUUUAUUCUGAAACUGUUACUUAAGUUGUUUUUGGUGGCACUGAGUUUAUGCAUAAACUGUAAGGUCUUAAUAAGUUUUUUUAGUACACAUUGUGUUUUUGUUUCAGUUAUUUCAUAUUGUUUUUCAGUAAUUAAUGACCUUGGGGUCUUUUCAAUUAUUUUGAUAGAGUGUAUUUGAUAUACAUGUACAGACCUGAUAUAAUAUUUGAAAUUUUGCCUUAAACAGCCUUUUAUACAAGUGCUUACAUUCUUUUGCCAAUUGCUUGUAAAAAAGUCUAGCAAGUAGAAAAUGUUUUAUGAAAAAUAUUUGUAUGGAUUCAAUUUAUUUACAUUAUAUAUUCAAUUAUUUGAAUAUAAUUUUUAUAAAAAUAAAAAAAUCACCUAUAGUGAAAAGUAUUACAUGUUGUACAUGUAUUUACUUAACAUGCUUAAAAUUUGAAAUUGCCCAAAUAUAUUUUGUAGUCAAAAACUUAUGUUUAUUUUCAAUUACUACAAUGAUUAAUAGUAAAUGAUAAAAUUUUUAAGUCAUUUCAAUAUUAUAAUAUUGGUGCUUACUUAAUGAUUUUUGUAAAACUACCUUCAUUAAAUGGAUAGUAUGAAUCUGUAAAAGGAGCAGGGCCAUGAAGGCCUCAAUUUGGCCCUAAAAAUGUACCUCACAAGAUAUUAUCUAUAAAUCAAUGUUUACAAUCUAAUAUAUGCAUAUUUAGAUCAACUAGAUGUUUUUCUCUCUACUGUUUGUUUUUGACAAGUUUCGCAAUUUCAAAGGUAUGAUAUUUUACAAGUUUUGAACCAUUUUUUCAGUUUUACUGCAAUUUUAAGGUCUAUUUCCCUUUUAAAACACAUUGGCCACACCCUUCUACCAAAUUUGUUAUAAACCAAUGUAUAUGGGUGAGAAACCCUUCCAAACAAAAAAAAUAUGGUGGAUCCAUGAAUAUGGUCAAUGUUGUCCGAAGCAAAAACUCAAAAUUUAGUAAAAAAAAUAGGCAAAAUUAUGAUUUUCAUUGUUAGAGUUCACAAUUAUGACAUCAUGUAUGACAUCAUUACUGUUGUAAUAUGUCAGAGCUAAUUUAAUUUGCAAUUGUCAGAUGUUUACUUUAACUGCUGAUAUAAAAUUUCAUGGGCCAGUAUUGAACCUACUCCUUUGAAUUUCAUAUUAAAAUUUAAGGAUAAUGGUCAAAUGUGAUCAAAUGUGUGCAGAGUAAUAAGUGAUCUUGUUUCAUCUUUGGAUGUUGAAUGCCCUACCUCAGCAUCAUUGAUAAAAUAAUAUAUAUAAUGGCCAGUAACUGUAUAUCAAUUAACUGUAAUCCCACAAGGUAGCAGUCACUUCUCUCAUGUUGGUAGAAUGUAGCUUUGAAGGUUAGCAGAUCUAGAUAUUCAUAUGUUAUGUUUCUUUUUUAUGAAAAGGUGACAGUUUUUGGCUCAUAUUUAGCACUGUAUAUUACAGUGGACCAAUCUGAUUAAAAUCUGAUCUUCCACUCUACUCAGUUAGAUUUUUCUGUCUCUCGUGUAAGAUCUGUAGACAUCCAAUAAGGGGUCAUGUUCAGUAACCUUUUAAGACAAUACACUUAGGUAAUGUACAUGUUUUCAUGAUUUAGUAAAAAAAAAUAUUCUAUUACCUGCCAUUCAUUAAAAUGAAAUGAAAAAUAUCGAAGUUUUCUCUAGAACUACUGUUUCAUAAAUUAAUGAACAUGUCUUUUCUUAACUAUUGAUUGGUUCAAAUAUUGUUUUCCUGAUUAUGAUUUUUAGAUGUAGAUUUCGUCAUACAUGUUAUAACUGCAAUUUUUAUAACUGUUAUUUAUUUAUAAACUUGUCUCAGUGCUCUUUUUUUACAAUGUAGAUUUCCAUAUAUAUUUGUCAAUAAAAAUUCUUGUAUGUUUUAAAGAA